CGCGGGUCCUUGUUGGCCGGGGAGGCGGAGAGGCCCUCUGCAGACUCGCGGAGUGGAACCGGAGCACGGGCGGGCCCGCCGAGCCGGUAACCGUGGUUCCCUAUACCCACAAGUUCUCUGCACCCUUGUCUGAGGCAGGGCUGCACUUCACCGUAGCCGACACUUAAGUCUAGAGCUUGAAGCAGAAGUUUUGGAAAACUCUCACCCUCCUAUAGGCCUUCUGAAGAUUUCUUCUCAGCGAUAUCUGCCUGACCCAGCAUGAGUGAUGUUUCCUGCAAAAAACGGGAUGACUAUUUGGAAUGGCCUGAGUAUUUCAUGGCUGUGGCCUUCUUGUCAGCGCAGAGAAGCAAAGAUCCAAAUUCCCAAGUCGGGGCAUGCAUUGUGAAUGGUGAGAACAAGAUCGUCGGCAUCGGGUACAACGGGAUGCCCAAUGGGUGCAGCGAUGACCUGCUGCCGUGGAGGAGGACGGCGGAGAACAGGCUGGAUACCAAGUACCCUUACGUGUGCCAUGCCGAGCUGAAUGCUAUCAUGAACAAAAACUCGGCCGAUGUGAAAGGCUGCACCAUGUACGUGGCCUUGUUCCCCUGUAAUGAAUGUGCGAAGCUCAUCAUCCAGGCAGGUAUCAAAGAGGUAAUUUUCAUGUCUGAUAAAUACCACGAUAGUGAAGAGGCAACCGCUGCCAGGCUCUUGUUUGAUAUGGCCGGGGUUACGUUCAGGAAAUUCACGCCAAAGUGCAGCAAAAUUGUCAUUGACUUUGAUUCAAUUAACAGCAGACCGAGCCAGAAGCUUCAGUGAGUUACAAGAAGACUGGGAUUGUCCUCUUCUAAGAAGCUGCUAAUGCUUCUCACCUGGAAGUUACACGCAACUUCUCAAUAGCCGGUACAGCAAGAGUACACAGCCAAGGACUAUAAAGCCUCAGACCUUCCUCCCUGUCUCUCUUGUCACAUGGAAUCUGCAUCUGUUUAAACUGCUGAUUUAUGGAACCUAUUUCUGGGCCGUCACACAGGGCUGGGUGAGGGUGCUUCGCCGCUGCCCCCCGCCUGCUGGGAUGCCAGCGGCUCUGCCAAGGGGCAGCCACUGUUCACAACCACUGGGUGUGUGGAAGGACAAAUAAAUGACUGCUGUUGUGUUCUUACCGGGGGUGAGCAGACACACUGAUUAGAACUUCUGGCCCAAAUGAAGCAUAACGUAGUGCUCUACGGGGGGGAUAGGGCCCAAAGGACAGUAGCGUUAAACUAUCUGUUGUGUAGGGGGUUAAGAAGACCCCCCACCCAACCAGAAAGCCUGUCCUGAGGAUGAUAAGUGGCACCAAGCCAGGGGUGCUCACUGUGUGCCCGUCACCCGUCCACAUGCAGUGCAGCGCUGUGUUGUCCCUUUGCGGGGUGGGGUCUCCUGGUUUUGCCUCUUAUUUUUGACUUGUUUGUCACACGGAGCUCUCACAUUUAGUUGAUGUGAAUAAUGAGGUGUUCUGGAGGAGAGCCCUAUGCGCCCCCAGGCCACGCCCUGCAGCGGUGGCUGUUGGGGUUGAGUGGACGGGAGGGGUGGGGCGUCCACCUGUUUCUCUGCAUGGAAACUUGUCGUUCCUUCACGAGCCAACACAAAGUUCCUUUCCAAGGCUGCCCUGCAACCACAAAAUAAAUAAAUUUCUAUCCUGUAAGUGAGAUUUGAGGAAUUCAGCCCACCUGGAGGCGGCUUAGUCCAGGCGUAUUGGCUUUGGGACCUCAUUUGUGCUCCUGGCUCAGCGCCUUCAUAAGCACAGACGGCACUUCCUAAACACCCAGAGCCGGGGUGCUGCUGUGCGCCUCAUUUUUAAUCUCAUUUAAUUUUUAUUAAACAUGCUCAGCACCUUUGUUGAGAAAAUGGUUUCUUUAUCCUAAAGAUUAUUACUGUUUUAAAGUGUUCUUAUAUUUUUGUGAAUGUUUAUUUUGUCUCUGAGGUUUUAUACUCCAUAUUCUAGGGCAUUUUGUAAUUUGGCUCAUUACCAAUAUUAUUAAAACCUUAUUAAAAUCUACCAUGCUGAAGUGUGUCCAUUUUUAUAAGUAUAUGCUUAACUCUUCAUGUCAGUUGUUUGUGACACACACUACACGUUUGAAUGCUCAGAGAACAAUUGGAGAUACUAAUGCCAUGGGGUUUCCCCAGGGGUCAUGGGUGAUGCUUGUGUCUGGACUAGAUUUAAAAAGCUAAGAAAAGGCUUUACGGAAUCUUCAGUCCCCAAUGCUGUCUCUUCUUGCCACCCUGUCACCUUGUUCUCUUCCUAAAUCUCUAUUCUUUUCUCUCUUCAUUUCUCUCUAAUCUCCUCCAAACCCCUUGCACCAAAAUGCCUAAGACAAAAUAAAACCUUUGAAAGCUGGAACGCGUGUGAGGUGGAAACCUGUUAGAGAAGGAAAACGCAAACAUUUCUCAGUAAAACCAGCUCUAGAAAGGUGGUAGGACUUCACUGUGUCAGGCUUCUGAGACCUGGAAAAACAAGGCAGGCCGGCUGAAUUCUGGCUCUGACGGGUUUCACCGUGUACGUAGAAGAAAGCAAUGUUGUUAGUUGCCGUCGAGUCAGCUCUGACUCCUGGCGACCCCAUGUCUGCAAAGUAGAAUUGCUCCAUGGGGUUUUUAAGGCUGUGAACUCCAGGAAGCAGAUUGCCAGGCACCUAUGGGGGGUCCGCCAACCUUUUGGCUAGUGGUCAAGCUCUUAACCGUUUGUGCCACCAAGAAGGAAAUCGGUAAAGAUAAAGACAGAAAACGUAGGUUGUUAGCAAGGAGUGUGUAAUUGUUAUAUUGCAUUCUUAAAUAUGUCUAG